ACAGCGCCAAGCUGCCCUACUCAUACAUCGUGCUUAUCACCAUGGCCGUCUUACUUAGCCUGCACAAGCGCCUCACUCUGGAUGGCAUCUGGGCCUUCAUCAGCGGCCGCUUCCGCUACUACAGCUGCAAGUUCCCAGCCUGGCAGAACAGCAUCCCCCACAACCUCUCCUUCAAGGAUUGCUUCAUCAAGAUCCCCGUGAGCCAGGCCACUCAGACAAGGGCAACUAUUGGAACCUGGACCCAGCCUCUCAGGACAUGUUGGACAAUGCAGCUUCCUGCACAUUGUCGCAUUUCAAGCGUCACCAGCUGCCCGCUGGGGCACACCAGCACCCCUUCCCCUUGCCUGCAGUGCCCACCACUCUGAAUGGCCCACACCUGGGCCUCCUCCCUGGGACCCGGGCUGCACCGCCGCCUGUCCUGGGAGCUAUCCCCGCAUGGUCCGUGGGAGCCGCCCAUGUGCCCUGCUGCACCCGCAUCACCUUCGCUACCUGCUGCUGUCUGCCCAGGCCUAAGUGGACCAUCUGAGGAAGACUGGAGGCACAGACGUGGCAGCCCCCAAUGCCUUGAGGGUGGUGCAAACCUCGCAGGGUUCCAGG